ACUACACACCACAAAUCCAACCAUGAUUCAGAGAACACUCCUCCGUCAAUCCAGAGCAUUGGGCUCAUGUAUUAGAUCUGCGCCAAGGACAUCGUUGGCCCGACCACAAUUUCAAAAUCCAGCAGUCAAUUCUUUCGCGCGGUCCGCAUGGAGGGGGUAUGCAACUGAGCCGGAGGCAACCAAGGCAGAGGGUGAGGCAAAGGGUGAGGCAGAGGGUGUAGCAAAGGAGGAGAAGACAGAGGCAAAGAAUGUAGAGGCAGAGGAUCCCGUGAAGAAGGAGUUGGAGGCCAAAAAUAAGGAGAUAACGGAAUUGAAGGUUCGUUUGCUUGCGCCAACCACUUUUUGGCACCGGGUCAUCACCCACUAACAUACUUCCCUUCCAGGAUAGAUAUCUUCGAUCAGUCGCUGAAUUCCGAAACCUGCAAGAACGAACUAAGCGUGAUAUGCAAAAUGCAAAGGACUUUGCCAUUCAAAAGUUUGCAAAGGACCUGGUUGACAGCGUCGAUAACCUUGACCGUGCCUUGGCUAUGGUUCCGGAAGAGAAGUUGAAGCCGGAGGAGAAGUCGGAGCAUCUCCAAGAUCUGCGCUCAUUGCACGAGGGGUUGAAGAUGACGGAAUCAAUCUUGAUGUCAACUUUGAAAAAGCAUGGUUUGGAGCGAUUCGACCCCAGCGUCGCAAACGAGACAUUCAAUCCAAACGAGCAUGAGGCAACCUUCAUGUCACCUAUGGAAGGAAAGGAAGAGAACACCGUUUUUCACACCCAACAGAAGGGAUUCAAACUUAACGGGAGAAUAUUGAGACCAGCCAAGGUUGGCGUUGUGAAAAAUAAUAGCUAAAGAGGGGAAGGCAUUGGGGCCCUGUGUACAUUGUACGAUUAAGUGUGGUAUAUUAUGUUAGGCGUUGGAUGCUGGAUUGGCAAUGCUCCUCUCACCGGCGUUGCAAAAAGGGAUUGCACAUUGUAUAGAACCGGGUACGAUAUUCAUGAUGAUACGGUACGAAGUUUUAAUGCAAGAUCCACCAUUUUCACAAUCGCAAGAUGGUUGCUUAUUUAAACAAAAUCUAUUCUUCAUUCCUCAUACAUUUAGAUGCGCCAGACUCUACAUAUCCACCCCAAUAACAGUCAACACCAAAUACUUAAACAAGACGCGCGAGCUGACUCAUACUCAGACAAAAAUCCCAAC